AACUUUUAUUUCAUUCAAUCAGCUGACGCGUUCUUGAGCGGUUGGUUUAAAAGUUUUCUCGGUUCUCUAAAACACUAUAUAUAAAUUUAUAUAUUGUACGUGUAAAUAUAAACUUACGUUGCACAAAUUAAUUGUAUUUCUAGUGGAGAACAACAACAGCUAAGUUUUUUUUUUAAAACUUAAUUUUAUUCUGCUUUUCCGAAAACGUAACAAAAUUUUGAUUUUGUAAAAAGAAGAACGUCAAGAAAAUUGUCAAUCAAAUUCAAUAAUAAAAUUGACAAAAUUCAUUUGACAUUUUUGAUAAAAUAAAGAAAUAAAUUUCAAAAAAUAACAAGUGUUUGAAAGUGAAUAUUGUGCAUCCUAUAAAAAUAUAAAACAACAAAUAACUGCCUGUAAACCUAACAAAAACAGCAACUUUAAGCUCCUUUUCGCUAGCGACUCGCUUAAAACUAAACCACCAAAAUUACUCUCAUACAUAUAAAAAUGGCUUCUCCCGCCUGUAAUCAUGCCAAGCGCGUUAGUAAAUCCUCGAAUUCAUCGUCGUCACAUGUUAGCAUGACGACCUCAACUGCCGAUGAAAAUUUCAUUGAAACAAAAUUGUUCAGUUGGAUGCGUUUGUUCCGUUUUGCUUCGCUAUUAUGUCGUGCCGAAUAAGGAAGCAGAAGACCAAGGGAGGCAAUGUAAUGAAGAGAUGUGAAAAACACCAAACUCUAACAGAAAAUUCCUCUAAAGGAUCUAUACAAAA